AGUAUCUGUUACUAUGUUGGCGGAGCUGCUGCUCUUGAUAGCAGUCCAGUCAAUCUGGGCUUCAGAUCAAAGCUGGGUAAAAGUUGAACAAGGAGUAGAAUUCGAGCACAAUUUAGAUGUGGCCCCUAUAGAGAUCAAAUCUAAUGAGGAGUCAGUGACAACAAGUGAACAGAAGUAUCUUUGGCUCCAAGGGAAAGUCGGAGACAUUGUUAAUGGAUUCUCGACAGCAAUAUUAGUACCAAAUUACCAUCUCUGGCUAGGAAAUUGCAAUAACAAUAAUAAAGCAGUCUUUAACCCUCCACCUCAAGGAAAUGAGAUUAUUUGGACAAUCUUCAAAACAAAGACGAAGAUGGUUAUCGAAUGUAAUGGAGUUUUUUGUAACGAGUACACUUAUAAUAGUGAGUCAGUUUCUGAUGAUGCCAGAUGCAAAGUUUCCACCAAACCGACUGACACACUUCACUUUGUUAAGUUCGAUGCUCAAGUGGCAACUGAGUAUAGAAUAACAGACUGGAGAGCUCCAACUUUGGAGAAAAAUAUUGAGCACGACAUAGAGACGACCCCGCUCCAAAUCCGAACAUGGGCUGACAAUGACGGAUCUCAGUUGUGGAUUAAGUUCUUGAACGCCCAAUCGAAAUUUGUCUUCUCAAUGAACUUUAAGUUUGACAACGUCUACAACGUAUGGAUUUCUGCAAACUGCAAUAACGGGAAUGACGCCACUUUGAUGAAAAACGUCCCAACGGAUCACUACAAAACAUGGAUAGUAUACAAAUCAUCCACUGAAAUGAAGAUAGAAUGUAACGAUGUGGAGGUUUGGAGCAUCGUGUAUAGCUCCAUAUCUCAAGGGUGUCACAACCAGUUAAGUAAGGAUUCCUCCAAACUAUUUUUCAACGAAGUUAACAAUCGUGACCCACCCUCCCCCACUAUCUUCUACCGACCUUCAGAAAUUUGCCAGUCUCCAACGAUUGACAAUGCAGUUAUCACACCACGAUUUCCUUCAACCCGUGGAAAAAUUAUCACAAUAAAGUGUGAGUCUGGUUACGAACUAAGGGGACCUGCUCAUUUCACAUGUGAAACAGGGAACGUUUGGGAGCCCAGUGAUUAUAACGCAUCUACUUGUGAUGCGUGUCCAGCUGGGGAAUAUAGAGACACAAGCGUGACAAUUUGUAAAACGUGUCCGGUCAACACAGUGAGCAAAACAGAAGGUGCAAGUGAAUGUGAACCCUGCGAAGUUGGGACGGUAGCCAACGCGGAUAGAACAAAUUGUGAUGCGUGUCCAGCUGGGGAAUAUAGAGACACAAGCAUGAAAAUCUGUAAAACGUGUCCGGUCAACACAGUGAGCAAAACAGAAGGUGCAAGUGAAUGUGAAUCCUGCGAAGUUGGGACGGUAGCCAACGCGGAUAGAACAAAUUGUGAUGCGUGUCCAGCUGGGGAAUAUAGAGACACAAGCAUGAAAAUCUGUAAAACGUGUCCGGUCAACACAGUGAGCAAAACAGAAGGUGCAAGUGAAUGUGAAUCCUGCGAAGUUGGGACGGUAGCCAACGCGGAUAGAACAAAUUGUGAUGCGUGUCCAGCUGGGGAAUAUAGAGACACAAGAGUGACAAUCUGUAAAACGUGUCCGGUCAACACAGUGAGCAAAACAGAAGGUGCAAGUGAAUGUGAACCCUGCGAAGUUGGGACGGUAGCCAACGCGGAUAGAACAAAUUGUGAUGCGUGUCCAGCUGGGAAAUAUAGAGACACAAGCGUGACAAUCUGUAAAACGUGUCCGGUCAACACAGUGAGCAAAACAGAAGGUGCAAGUGAAUGUGAGCUCUGCGAAGUUGGGACGGUAGCCAACGCGGAUAGAACAAAUUGUGAUGCGUGUCCAGCUGGGGAAUAUAGAGACACAAGCAUGACAAUCUGUAAAACGUGUCCGGUCAACACAGUGAGCAAAACAGAAGGUGCAAGUGAAUGUGAAUCCUGCGAAGUUGGGACGGUAUCCAAUUCAGACAAAACUAGUUGUGAUUCCCUGAUGCAGGACUGGAAGAUAAUUAUUGCAGAAAUGUAG